UCAACUGAAGGGCUGAGUGAGUGAGACACACGGAGGAUAAGAUAAAGAGAAAGUAGAAAGAAGGACAUGUGACAGUGAAUACUUGCAGAAACUACCUGAAUAGUUAAAUCUCUACUUUGUAUGGGAGGCAGGAAGCAAGACAACUACCUGUGGAGAUGGGAAGCACAACCCCCCCAGUGUACCUCAAUGUGAGUGCAAAGAUGAUCAACUCGUCAUCAGAACCAGCUAAGAAUGAGGAGGGUUACAGUGAGGCAACAAUGAUCCUGCUGGGCAUGAUCAUGUCCUUACUCGUCCUGUGCAUUGUCUUCGGCAACAUCCUGGUCAUAACAGCGAUUGCCCGCUUCCAGCGUCUCCAAAAUGUCACCAACUGCUUCAUCACAUCCCUGGCCUGUGCCGACCUGGUAAUGGGUCUCAUCGUGAUUCCUUUCGGCGCCUGUUACAUCAUCUUCAAGACCUGGCACUUUGGUAGUUUCUGGUGCGAGUUCUGGACUGCAACUGAUGUGCUCUGCGUGACGGCAAGCAUCGAGACCCUGUGUGUUAUAGCCAUAGACCGUUACUUGGCUAUCACUUCUCCCUUCCGCUACCAGUCAAUGCUGACCAAGUGCAAAGCUCGCAUUGUGGUUGUGCUUGUGUGGGUGAUUGCAGCCUUGAUAUCGUUCCUGCCCAUCCACAUGAAGUGGUGGAUAUCAGACGAUAAGGAAGCUAAGGCGUGCAUUGAGAACACUAACUGCUGCGAGUUCUACACCAACAUGGCUUAUGCUAUCACCUCCUCUAUCAUCUCCUUCUAUAUCCCUUUGGUCAUAAUGGUUUUCGUCUACAGCCGCGUUUUCCAGGAGGCCAAGCGCCAGCUGAAGAAGAUUGACCAAAGCGUUGGACGUUUUCAUAACAGUGACAACAUCAACCUCAAAUCUCUAGAGGCCAACAAUGGGCGUGGCCACAAGAAGGCCAAGUUUUGCCUGCGGGAACACAAAGCCCUAAAGACUCUGGGAAUCAUCAUGGGGAUCUUCACUCUGUGCUGGCUGCCGUUCUUUCUGCUCAACGUGGUGGUUGCCAUAUGGAAGGUGGAGGAUAUCGACCUCACCUUCAGGAUCCUCAACUGGAUAGGUUACGCGAACUCUGCCUUCAACCCGCUGAUUUACUGCCGGAGUCCCGAGUUCAGAUAUGCCUUCAAGGAAAUCCUCUGCAUGAAGAGGAAUCGCCUCAGCAACCCAGGUCCCAUGAAUGGAUACAUCUACAGCAGGCACAGUUGGCAGAGUGAGCAACAGGGGAGAAGUAAGGGCAGCUCAGAAGACAGUGACGCCAAUGAAGGGUGUAUGGGGAAGGGAGCGGAGGUCUGCAGCGUUGUGGACAAAACAGUGGACCCAAAUGGGAAUUGCAGCAAAGCCCUAACGACUGUUACGACAGUCCUUUAAACUUGGAGCUCUGACACUUCUGUCAACAGGGCAAUCCGUUCAUGUUUACACUGCUAUCAUGAACUUUUCCAAUUGACUAUUGAAGGUAAGGCCAAUAAAACUGACUGGUAGUCUCGGGAGACUGCUUUAAAGAAACUGUAAUAAUCAUGUUCAGCUGAGGAAAAUCUGUUCUUCUUCCUCCUGCAACACAGUGAUUAAAUAGAUAGAUCACUUUUCUUUUUGUUACAUUUAUUAUGUUGAUUUUACAUCUACCUCACCACAUUUUUAAUAUUUGUUUCUUAACCAUUUAUCUAAACUAUUUCACAUUGACUCACUGUCCAUGGAGAUAAUCUAGGGCAGUAACUCAGCAGUUUAUUUACUCUACUAAACGAUCUCUGGAUUAUACACAGUCAUUGUUAAUUAUCUGGCUCCAAUUUAAUUUGCAGCCGUGUUUUUUUUAUCUUGGUGUUCUUGGCAAAAGAUCACAUAAUUUACUAGCAAGAAAAUGUUUUGGGAUUUCAAAGUGAAUGUUUUGAGGCUGUAAAUUCUGUUCGGGGCAUACUAAUUCAGCGUGGAUAGUGAAUAAUAUAUUUCCAUCAGAAAAUGGAUAAGAAGUAUUAAACUUAUUGCCUCUUUGCAGCUUUGUUUGAAGAAAUACAUUCCAAACCAACCGAGAUUAAUUUUUUGGCUUUAUAUAGUUUCCAGUUUUUUGAUGGAUUGUCUAAUGUGAAAGAUGAUCAACACCAUGUGUGGCAGAACCUGUCUCCCUCUCUCCCUCUUGCUCUCUCUUCAGUGCUCAGCGGUGUUGUGAGGCCUGGCUCCCUGCAUGCUCUAAUGUUUUACAGCCUGUUGCAUGGGAGUUUCUGUUGCCAACUGAUAGCACAAGAGAUAUGAAUGCUCACUGUUAUCUCACAUCUCACUGGUGCAAGCUGAGAAACGCCUGGGGCCAUCCUCUGUUUGUCACUUGAUAAAGCCUGUAAGUUUGUAUAUGUAUCAGCAAGAUUCCAUUAUCAGCCCUAAAGAUAUCUAUUACGCAUCGGUCCAAAGAGGGCGACAUUAUGGUUAAUCCUGGGUAUUGACCUUUAAAGCUUGCAGCUGUUGUAUAAAUUCCAGUGCAUUAUUGUUGUAAAACCUUUGCUACUGCAUAGUCCAAACAAGUUGUAUCUUGCAUUCAGUCCACUGGUUCAUUCUUGAGACAUGCACCCACUAUUUGGUACAUUAUAUUGCCAUUACAUAAGUGUAGCAUUAGGGUUAGCAAACUAUUAUUCUUUUCUUUCCUUUUUGCCGGUGGCAACAGAAAUGGUUAUCCCUAUUGUUGCACAAGCCCCAUUUGUUUAUUAUAUUUUGUGGUUGCUGUGUUUCAGUAUGUACAGUGUUUACUGAAACCAGAGAAGCCGUUUCCUCCGUCAUGGCACAAGGGUACAAACCACGCACAAUAAUAAACAGACCGUCAAAAUAGCCAACUGAUAACAAAGUUCCAGGCCCGAGAUGUGCUGGUGGCUACUCAGGCCUGUAAACAGAGAUGAGAAAAACAGUCAGCACUCCUUAGCUGUGCACCUUUCUCAAUUCUCCGUGACAUGUCCCAGAGCCUCCUCACUGUAAACGGAUGUCUGGAUCAUCAUGAAAUCCACCAACGUUUAGAUCGGCCGCUCAGGAGUCCGCUGAGUAGCGCCUCAGCUGUUCCAGUUGUUUCAGUCAGUUUCAGUCAGUCUCCUUUUCUUGGUGUGCAGUCUCCAGGAAAUGCCUCAAUCCAGCUGAGCCCAGCCCAAUAAACACUAAUAAAUCCAUUAUCUCUGCCGUUUAGCUGGAGAAUCAAAUAACGGCUUCCUAAAAAAAAAAAAAAAAAAAAACUGAGACAGAUUAGUAGAUUACAAAAUAAACAAUUCCCAAUUUGCAAGUUGUGAUCCAAAGGGCCAACGUGAAAUGAUUCUUUCUUAUCACCCAUCUUAAGAUCACAGGCUCUUGGGACUGUUGUCACUUUUUGAUAUAGGCAAGCAUUAAUAAAGGAUGAGUAUUUAAUAUGUAGGACUUUAACUAGAGAAUUCACCCCAGUCUAAAUGGCGUGCAUUACUCUCAAGGGAAGUAAUAGAGGUGUUGCUGCGGACCCAGUCAGGUUAGCGAUCACUAGUAUGUUCUGAUCGAAGUGACAGCAUGCUAAAUGUGGCUCCUGGAGGCAGGAGGGGGAGCAGGGAUUCUCUGCCAGUCUAAAUCGGUGUUAGUGACCUGUGUUUUAGUGCAUGUGGCGUUGCCUCUGGAGUAAGGUCAGCUGACGCUGUCAAAACUGUGAACUUUGAAUCUCUAUGUACUGUAUCGCUAGGUUUGGUCAGCACUGUUGUCACAGACCUUAGGAAUAGACGUAAAUGUGGUGUCAUCAUACGUCAAUGUUUGCCGAGCGAAAAACAAGCUUUCCAGUAUGUUCUUUUUUUCCCCUGUUUUUCUUUUUCAUGGAUUUACAUCAAAGAAAAUGUGCACGAGGGUUUUUUAACACUUUCACUGUACAGCAUGCACAAAGCACAAAACAGAUUCUAGACCAAGAUUUUGAUAAAAGACAUGAUAUUGUAUUUAUUCACAGACAUGAAUUGACGCUUAAUUAAUCAGUCACUGCUGGCUUAAAAAAAAGGAAAACACAUUUUCAAGCCUGUAUCUAAACCAUCUGCUACUUAUUUUGGUGCACUUCGCAAGUGAUCUUCUGCAUGUCAAAUCUGUAUUUGUGGUGAUGUGUUUUGUGGACUUUGGUGCCAUUACCUUUUCAAAGUGAUCUAUUUUAGUCCAAGUGGAGUAGGGUUGUGAAGUAUAUAUCCACACUGCUCCCUCCUGGCAGUGGCCUCUCCUUGCACCUUGACUGUCUCAGAGUUAUUAAUGGUUACUGUUUCAUCAAUAUGCCUAUAUAAUAAUGAAUGUAAUUCAUGUCUUCACCUCCCCAUGCUGUAGGACACAACACAUUUAUGUGCAAUGACUCUUGAAUGAUUAGCUGACACUACAACAUUCCAAGCAUGGGCGAAGGUUUGGAACCAUACACCAUGCCUACUGAUGCACACAGUGUACAUUCAGUUCUCCCACCAAACUUCGACUCUAGAUUACCCAGUUUACCAUCUGGUAUACGGUUAUACCAGCUCUGCUAAGAUAAAAGAUUCUUUUUAAAGUGGAUUCUGGGUUACAGACAAGUCUUACGGGAAUACAAUGUGGCACAUAUAUUUUCAGUGUAAAAGAAAUUUAAUGUACAUGGAUUAUUUAUAGUUACAAACAGCUUGAGCAUUUUGAUGUACGUCAUGGAACGACAUAUUUGAAACUGAUCAAGGCUCAGUUGGGCUAAUGCUAAUGCAGUCUUGAUCCAUUACUGUUCCUGUUGACUAAAAGUCACCUUUUUUGUGCCCCACACAAAAAUAGCUCCCCAGUUACUUAGAUUAGGUUUUUCACUGACUUAAAGCAGCACUGUAUAGCACUUUUUCAUGAAACAUUUGUAGAAUUUUAAGCAUUGAAUCCAUUUUUGAGUUCAUGAACUAUAAACAAAUAAUGGCUGGAGAGUUAUGCUGUUCACUUGUACCAUAAUAUCUUUGUGGUCCUCUCUCAUGUGCGUGAGGAAGUUCUCCUUCCUGUUUGUGACUAAAACUGAGGACUCAUGAGAAAUGAUUGCUGCAGAGUCUCAGCACAGACGUUGGUGGACUAUUCUAAUUAGUUGAUGUAUGUGAAUGUGAAUUUUUUUAUAUAUAUAUAUAUAUCAAAGAUAAAUAUUGCUUCAGCCAAAAGUAAACCUAUUAGAUGUGAACUUCUUUCGUGGCCAGAUUGAAAAUGUGGUCACUCAGCUGAAUGUUUACUAAAUGUUUCGUUUUGCAAGUUACUUUCGCACAAGUUUUUGUCACUGUUUGUUGAAGUAAUGAAGCCUGUUACAACAUGUGGUGUCCUGUGGUAUUUAUGAAAAGCAAGUAUGCUCAAAGCAAGUAUGUGCUGUAACAUUUGUAUUUAAAUAAAUUAUGUACUUGUUGCAUGUAA